GGAGGCCUGAGGCCCAGGGUGGGCACCAGCCAGCCAUGGCCGCAGCUGAGACCACUCUGCCUUCCAUCGGUACACUGACCACCCUAGGCUCCUUCCCAGACACACAGGAAGACUUCUUAAAGUGGUGGCGUCCUGAGGAGGUGCAGGACUUGGGUCCGGGUCCCCCAGACCCCAACACGCCGCCCCUCCAUGUGAGGCCAGGGUUGGAAAACGCGCAUGGGGAGGAGGAAGACGAGGAAAGGGACACGGCCACCGCCUGGGAUCUGGAUCUCUUCCUCACCAACCUGCCGUGCUCAGAGCCGGGCGGCGCGCCCCAGACCUGCGCCCUGGCGCCCGUCGAGGGUCCCGGGGUGCUAUUCUCGCCACCGCCCGAGACUCUGGGGGCGUACGCGAGUGGCCCGGGACUGGUGCCUGGGCUCUUGGGUCCCGAGGAGCAAGCGGGCUGGGCGCGCCCGACCUCCCGAGCUCCGGCCUCUGACACCUUCGUGAGCCCAGCCCUGGUCCCGGGCCCCGAGCCCAAGGUGCUGCCGCUGCAGCCGGUGUAUCCAGGGCCGGGCGCGGGCUCCUCCGGCAGCUACUUUCCACGGACCGGGCUUUCAGUGCCUGCAGCGCCGGGCACCCCCUAUGGGCUACUGUCCGGGUACCCCGCGCUGUACCCGGCGUCACAGUACCAAGGGCAUUUCCAGCUCUUCCGCGGGCUCCCGGCACCCGCGCCUGGCCCCGCCGCGCCCCCCUCCUUCCUGAGCUGUUUGGGACCCGGAACGGCGGGUGCGGGACUCGGGGGAACUGCAGGAGACCCAGGAGGAACCACUGAGGCCGCGCCAACCAGGCGCAGCCGGCGCUCGUGGGCGCGCAAGAGGCAGGCAGCGCACACGUGCACGCACCCGGGCUGCGGCAAGAGCUACACCAAGAGCUCCCACCUGAAGGCGCAUCUACGCACACACACGGGGGAGAAGCCAUACGCCUGCACGUGGGACGGCUGCGGCUGGCGGUUCGCGCGCUCGGACGAGCUGACCCGGCACUACCGAAAACACACCGGACAGCGCCCCUUCCGCUGCCAGCUCUGCCCGCGUGCUUUUUCGCGCUCGGAUCACCUAGCCUUGCACAUGAAGCGUCACCUUUGAACCAACUGCCCCCGCCACUUACCCCCAGCACUUGGACUUUCACGGGGACUGGGGAUGGAACAAGAGUGGGUCUAUGCUGGGUGGUUUUCCCUUGAAAGGACCCUCGCCCAAACUCGCGGCCCCACAGAUUCACCGAAAGAUCAAGGCUUGGCCCAUAGACAGACCUGGGGGAGCAUCCAACGGAAGCUCCCACAUGUCCUUAGCCAUAGUGGGCCACACAGAGACUUCCUACCAUCACUCAGACCCAGGGAGACAGACUUCCAAAUAAAUGAGCUCAGAUGGACAUUCAGACACUUCGGACUGAGAGAGACCCUCAGAAAGCUGGACCCUCAGACCAGCUCACAGGGGGCCCUGACAGCAGUAGGGGUUGUGGGGUGAGGCUUCUCAGAGACCCUGGGUCAAGAAGGGGUCUUCACACUGUGACUUCUGAAGCUCCACAUUGUGGCAAUCUGCUGUGAAUGGUUAUGGGUCCUGUAAAAACGCCCCUCCUAGAUAAAGCUUCAGCGUUGGCCUGACUGUGA